UGAAAGAUGUCGUUCGUAAGAGGAGCAAUGAUAACUGCGUCAAAGUCAAAAGUACUGAGCCUUGCGAGGGCGUCUUCCCUUGUGAAUAACGUCACUGUGGGACAGUUGCACCGUCCUCCUCUAUGCCGCCCGCCACUUUACACAGCUGGGUUGCAGAGCUUCAGCAGCGCCUCUGUCCAGGAGAAGCCAGCGGUGCCAGGUUCCUCUGAAGAUAGUGUAGUCCUCACUGACUCAUGUGUGAAGAGACUGGGGGAGAUCAUGGACAAGGGCCAGUACCUGAGAAUACAUGUGGAGGGAGGAGGCUGCUCAGGUUUCCAGUACAAGUUUUCUGUAGAUGGUAACAGGAAUGAAGAUGACAGAGUGUUUGAGCAAGGAGGAGUGGGCAUCAUUGUGGACCAGGACAGCCUGGAGUAUGUGAAAGGAUCCACGGUGGACUUCACCCAAGAGCUGAUCCGCUCUACCUUCCAAGUGCUCAAGAAUCCUCAAGCUGAUCAUGGCUGCUCCUGUGGGAGCUCCUUCUCUGUCAAACUAUAACUCUGCUUCCCUGCUUCACCAUCACAAUACAAUUUUAUACUCUGAGUUACCUGUUUGUUAGGUGUAAAUUUAAACUAAAUAUUUAUAAAAGAUUACAAUAUAAUGCAUUCCAAGCACCGUCAGAAUUUAGCAAUUUAUGGCACAGUGUCAACAAAAAUAGAUUAUAAUAUUUACAGAGAUAGGUUUGUUUUUAUAACAGAUUUAUUAUAUUGGAUUGCUUUUAAGAGUUUAGCUGCACCCCAUAAAUGAGUAACUCAGACUAUUGUAUCAGAUUAUCUUAUUAUUAUUAUUAUUAUAUUAUUAUAUUUUGAUUCAUUCGGCUCACUAAUAACUACAACAGUGUUACAGUCACAGUUACCUAAAAAAAAAGCUAUUAAGGUGUGAAAUUACUUGAACUGAGUGAAAGGCAGAGGUGCCCAUUAAUCAUUGUGCUGACUCGCCAUAGUGACAGUUAACAAUGCAUGAGAGAUGAGUUCACAGUAUUCAGCUGGAACUUGUAUUCGCUCCGCUGAGGUGUUUGAUUGAGCAAUCAGUGCUUUGUAUGUAAAAUAUGUAAAUAGGACAUACUGUAUCUAUGAAAAUAAAGAGCUAAGCUAUAUUAUAUUGUUGUCAUCUAAAAUAAAAUGGGGUGGAUUCCAGGUGUUUAUAUCUUCAGUGUGUCCAAAAAAGU